AUGGCGGUUCCAAGCAUGGACGUCAGUCAAUCGACCGAGGAAGAGAUGCCGGAUUUCUUCUUCUGUGGGACGACUACUUCAAAGAGAUUUAGGAUGUCGCGUACUUUGUUCAACCGCAUAGCUGAUGGUAUAUUUGAGCAUGACUAUGAUGAUUAUUUUACGCAAAAAAGAAGUGCUUCUGGAGCUCUUGGGUUACAUCCUUUGCAAAAGAUGACCGCGGCGAUGCGGAUACUAACAUAUGGAAUAGCAGCCGAUUAUGUUGAUGAGUACAUCCGGUCCGCUGAGUCUACUAAUUUAGAGUCUUGCAAGAAAUUUGUGAUCAAAAUUUGUGAAGUUUUUGGGGAAAAGUACCUGAGAUCUCCAAAUGAAGAAGACAUUGCUAGGUUACUUGCAAUAGGGGAGGAAAGAGGAUUUCCCGGUAUGUUAGGGAGCAUAGAUUGCAUGCACUGGGGGUGGAAAAAUUGCCCCAAAAAAUGGCAUGGGUCUCUGAAUGAUAUAAAUGUUCUUCAACGUUCUCCUGUUUUUACAAAGCUAGCCGAAGGCCAAACUCCUCCAGUGAAUUAUAGCAUCAAUGGCCAUCAGUACACAAUGGGGUAUUACCUUGCAGAUGGUAUCUAUCCACGAUGGGCAACAUUUGUGAAGAGCAUACCAGCUCCAACUAGCAGAAAGCAUAAAACUUUUGCCAAGAAGCAAGAGGGGGCUAGGAAAGAUGUGGAACGAGCCUUUGGAGUUCUGCAAUCCCGUUUUGCCAUUGUUCGUGGACCGGCUAAAGGAUGGAAACGUAAAGAAAUCACUGAUGUCAUGAAAGCUUUCACUUUCUUCCCUAUUUAA